UCAAAGGCAGCCAAGAAGUUGUUGAAUUAAGAAAGUUUUUCCUACACGUCAAACACGUAACAGAAAUUUACGAUUACAAUGCGACCCAGGAUUCAAGUUGAACUUGUAAUACGACACAAGAAAUAUUUGGAAGAACAGAUACAAGUUCUGGAACCUGUCUUGGAAGUUAUGAAACAAGCAGUAGAAAAAAGUCAGACUUGGGUAGACGAUAAAAAUGACAACCCGUCUAUCACGUACAUCGAAAUACACCAAGAUCUAGAAUCAGCCACAUUGCUUUUAAUAAAUGCCACAACAUCAAUCAUAAAUGAAAAUCAAGAACACGCGGAUGUCGAGAAAGGAACGUCAUCUUUAUCUCAGUCUACACAACAAACUACAGCAACAGAAAAACUUGACAUUAAUACAAAUCAAGUCACUAAAGAUGCUCAACUAACACUGGAAAUAGUAAAUAAGCUGAAGCUGAUAGAGACUAAUCUAGUUUCUCUACAAGACACAAGACAAAAGGCGGAAGAAGAAAUAUCAGAGCUUAAAAUAUGGAGAGACAACUUUAUGGCAGAACAAAAUGAUAAAGUGUUAAAAGUUGAACAACUGAAUAAAAAACAAAAGCAGAAUUUUAAAAACCUCAGAAAACAAAUGAGUGAACAAGAUAACAAAGUAAAGGAGCUGAACAAAGAAUUUGAAAGUUUAAAAGAUAGAGAAACCAAGUCAAACAAAACACUAGAAAAACUUUGUCUAGAUAUGAAAGAUUAUGAAAACAGCUUACACAAAAUAAAUAAAGAGAUGCAAGAUCACACAAAUAAAACAAACAGUCUACCUGAAGAAAUGAAAAGACAGUCCGAUUUGAUUGUUACUUUACAAGAAGAAGUAAAGAAUGACGCUGCGAAGUUAAACGUGAUGUACAGAAUUGUACAACAAAGAAUGAUGCCCAUUGACAAAAUUAUUCAAGUACUUAAUCAGAAUUUCGAGGCUAAGGAGCAAACUACAAAAAAGAUAGGAUUAAUAGAAACUGAUCUAUUGAAGUUGAUGACAGAUUUUAAACUAAUAGAGACCCGUGUAUGUCAGCCUUACAUCUGUCAAAUUUACCUGGACAACACACCAGUAACCACUGGUUUAAUUAUUUCUACAUUCCCUGUACUGAGGGAACAUAACGGCAGCCAUUUUAAUAAAACAACAGGAAAACUUGAAGCACCAGAUGAUGGUUUAUAUCUGGUUAUCGUGACGUUAGUAGCCGGUGGAAAUAAUCCAAUUUUGGUUCAAGUAGCAGUCGGAGAACUAAAGUAUAAGACUAUUUACGUGAAAGCUGACAAUAUUUCUGCUUGCGGAUCAACUGUAGUUCCGUUGAAGAAAGGUCAAGAGCUAUAUUUUAAAGUUCAACAAUCAGGACCAGGGUCUUUCCUGCAAAAAGGAAGCGGUUUUACUAUUUUAAGAAUUUAG